AUGUAUUUUCUCAAAAUGUAUGAUACGCUUCACUCCAACAAUUACAAUUUGAAUGAUUCAACAAUAGAAGAAUUAUCAAGGAUUAAAUUAACAAGCGAUUGUUCGGACUCCUCACCUAAUAAUGAUAGGAAAACACAGUCUGAUGUAUCAGAGCUGUUUUUGAAGGGGAUAUCUACCGAUAAUUAUGGCAAGUUUUGCAAGUUAUUCUCAAGAGUGUUGUUUAAUGGAAGAAAUACGUGUUCUAAAGAGUUUAAAUAUAGUUGUAGUUUGAAUAAUAUAUUAGGCAAUAGUCAGAAUAAACGGGAAGAAUUUGAAGAUGACGGUGAGUUUGUGCAGGAGGAGUUUGACGGUUUCUUCUGGGACUCAUUGGAAUGGUUUGUGAGCGUUUUGGACGAAUUAAACAGGUUUGAGUCACUGGGUUUUGGAUUGCCAUUCCUGUACAAUAACCUGAAAACAUAUUCAGAAGCAUUGGAACAAAACGAAAUAGCUGAAAACAGUGAGGUGUUGAACCAAAUUUCACACCUGAAAAGGUGGAUUGACUUUAUAAAUAUAUUUAGAGAUGCAAACAGCUCAAUUUAUACAACAUACUUGUUACUGGAACGGAUGGAAAUGAAGUUAAACUACAUCAAGUGCAAGUCCAUUAAAGUUUUGCACCUAAAACUAAGCAAUACACACAAGUCGUCUGCUUCUAGCAGUAGUGUGACCAGUAAGGUUGCACAGCAAAGCAACCUGUUUAGUCCACUUAAUAGCCCAUUCGAACAUUUUGAAUAUACUCCAACAAAUACACCCUCUAGUACUACAACAAUCAGUGACAGGAGCGAUAUUGACCUUUUGCACGAAAUAUGGGACACCAAGCUGUGUAAAAUGAGAAUAAUUGUAUUCAACAAGUUCCGUAGAUAUAUAAUUCGGAUAAUUGAUCAGUUGAAAAAUCUGUACCCAAGAAACAACUACUACCAGCUAAUACACUAUAUACUCUACACCAAAAAUAAACAAACAUUAGAAAAGUCUAGUGUGGCCACUGGAGAUGUUAUGGACAAAAGUGGGUCCGCUGAUAAUAAUAUGGACUAUGUUAAAGGGGAAUCUGUGAAUUCGGAGUUAGAGCCUGAGCCAGGUGAGGAUAUUCUGGAUUAUUUGAAGAGAUAUUACUCCUCCAAAAACAUGAACGAGGAGAAUGCAGAAAGUUACGUUCGAAGAAUUAUGGACCUUACUAACCGAUUAAUCCCGAAAUUUGUCAAAGUAAUUAAGAGGCUCCCAGUGUACUAUGAAGCAUACCUAAAUGCAUUGGUGUGUAACAAUAUACAGGAUGGGAUGUUUCAGCUCAUAUCUUCCUCAACAACUGACAGUAAUUCAGCUAACCUGAACAACCAAAUAAACUACAAAGAUAAAGAUAGUUAUAGAGAGGGAAGAGAUUCGUCAAGAGAAGAGUCUACCGACUAUAAAUGCUGGUUUUACAAGAUAAACCUGAUAAUGGUGUUAAGUAGAACUAACUUGGAGCUCAUAGACAUGGUAAGGUGCUCAUUUGGUGAUUCUAGAAAACUUGUAGUAUUUACACAAGGAACUCUAAAGGAUUUGUUUACUUCACCAACACAUAAUUAUUCUAAUGACAUGUAUAUGUUUAAGGAAUCGAUUAGGGAUAAGGACACACUUAUUAAGAAUGACCGGGAGGAUAAAACCCAAAAGGAGGACGAGGAGAUCCUGAAUACCAUUUAUUACUCAUACAAUAACUUAAACCAAGUUGUGAGUGAAGAAAUAGAUAAGUUUAUACUCUUUCAGCUUCCCUCAUUCAGUUGGUACCCAAAAUUAGUCAAGUACCAACUACCGCUAAGUUCUGCCCAAACCUUCAAUUACCCAACUAGUUGUGACGAUUUGGGGCUGGGAGCCGAUUUGAUAACCUCACUGUCCACAGAAUCAGAGUAUGUUGAGUACCUUACACUGGAGGAGAAGGUCUGGGUUAAUAGACUUAACAUGUUCAACAGGGUGAAUGAGAGAAACAUACGUAAUUUCUUGUUAAAGAGGAAUAAUAACACGCCCCAGGUUAUUAAAUACGAUUCUUCGGGUCUUCUGAACACUCAAACAGUCCCAUUCAACGUACUUCUAGACUACACCAAUUAUAUACCAAUCAAGUACAUAUAUAGCCCCGAAGAUGAUGUAGAUAAAGAGACCGAAUUACAGAGAACUGGAACUACUUCUAAUCAUAUUAAUGGUAGAGUAGAUAGACAAAACAAAAAGGAUAAGGAUGAGGAAAAUGACUGGCUAAUAAGAUUGUUUAACAAUAACAAUAACAAGAUAAUGAAAAGCAAUUGUAUAGAUAUUGAAAUUGAAAGAGAUUUGUUCCCGGGGUUUUACUUGUUUAACAAUUUUAAGCUGAACUGCCUAAUACUCCCGAUACAUGAAAACACAUUCCAAACCCAUGAAACAUUCAUUAAUUUCUCAAAAUUGGUAAACAAUAAAGUUGACCUGAUCUACCCAUCAUACUCAAACCAAAUCAGUAAAAUAAUUUUUAAUACGGUUCCGAUUCAUGCGAAAUCAGGGAGUACGGUAAUGGAUGAGCUUGAUAUGAAUAAAGAAAAAAAUGUUGAAGUUGAUGGUUUUAACGGCUCGUUUAGAGGCAAAUUUGGUGAUUUUUUCACAACUCAACACACAAAUUUGGUCAUCGGAACAAGGGAAAGGAUGACGGUGAAUCUAGUGUUUCAUUUGGUGUGCUGUGAUACCACCAUCAACGACGAUAUUAAUCCCAUAGAAUACGCAGAGGAUACUGAAGUCAUUCUAAAGCAUAUGCAAAAAAUACAGCCAAUUUUAAACGGAAUAUCUAGUAUUUUGUCGUUGUGCAACCAGUUCAGUGUACACACCGUCCACAUUCCAGCUUCACUCAAGUGUUGUUAUAAGGUUAAUCAGUGCAAUAGUCAUGUCAUACAAUCUGAUUUUCAGUACCAACCAAGUAAUUUUGGCAGUUUCGCUUCUCAAAAUUUCAAUACCAAGGACUCCGUUUUCGAGUGUAACAGCGACUACGUAAGGUGCCUGGCUGUUGUUUCGCACAUUGCAUCCUUACUCAACAAAAACAAGUACUCGAUAAAGAACUUUAACUUCAUUUUCCCAAAUCACCUCAAACAUACGUUGUUACCCAAAACUGCGGCCAACAUCCUAAGCUCCAGAGUCGACACCUUUUAA